CUUAUAUUUAUGAAGUACCACUUUUGUGGUAGGGAUUGAUUUUUCCAUGUGUGCACUUUUAGUGGUUCUCUGAUCGAGGAUUUUGUAGUUCAGUGUACACAUGUUUUAUCGAAGCGUUGGAUUUAGAUAAUACAAUCAAACUGGUGCGUGAAGAUUCACUAGUUCACCGCUUGGUGGAGCUGCGGCGGCUUGAACGCCACCACAUGGAUGGGAUUCUGGCGAGACCACGUGAUUUGAAAACCACCAAUAAUACCUCGGAAGAUAAUCCCUUGUAUCAGGACUUCCGGUUCAAAGGUUAUCCAUCCGAGAGUUUUUUCAACCCCCACAAUCCACAAUAUAAGAGGAAUUCGGCUGCUAUGAAUGGAUCUGAUGUGAAUAGAUAUUUUGGAAAAUCACAACAUUUUGAUUCAGGUAAUUUUCAUACACAUACAGAGCCGGUUGCUCCAAAACCUCAAGCGUCUGAAAUCGUUACCUACCACCCGGGUGAUGCCAGGCCAAAGUUAGACGAGGGUCAUAGAAGUCUCCAGUACGGGUCAGGUGACCCACGAAUUGAGGAAUCACAACAGGUGCGACCCGGUCCAAUGAGAGGAUUAGGAUUUGACAACAGAGACGAGAUCGAACGGGAUAGAUUACGAAGAGAAAUGAUGGAUACUGAGCAAGAUCGGCAGAGAAUCAAAUAUCAGGAACAGAUUAGAUUGAGAGAUAGAGAAGAUGAAAGGAAAAGGCAAUACGACGAAAUCCAGGAGCAAAAACGACAGGAUAUGGAAAUGUUAAAAAAUUACAAUCCUUGGGGGAGACCAGGGGGAGGAGCUCCGAUGGCCGAUGCCAGAAAGCAGAAAUUUACCGAACACCAACUAGAACCUCCAGAGAAACAUGUAUAUAAAGAUAAAUGGGAUGAUCAGAGCGAUGAUGCCAACAAUCAUAACAAAUUUAUGGAAAACUGGCAACUAUUCGCUUAUGACGAAAAUCCAUUGCAUCUCCGAGUUCAUCCCGGCAAACCCACAGUGUUGCAUGAAUUGGUUCAUAAAUUUCAGGACAGACCUGGUUAUGAUCCAUCAGGACCAAGAGAUCGCACAAGGCUUGAACAGAUGAAACGAGACCCAGCGGCCAAUACGUCUCCAAAGAAUAAUUCUCCCCCCGCCGCACCGAGAAACGGUCAAAACGAACAAGGAGGGAUGGCUCCAGCUCCCCCUACAGGCAUUACUGGAUCUAUAGUUGAUCGUCUUGGAACCCCUGGGGGAGGUGCUCCUCUCAGAACAGAUUCCGGAAAUCACGUGAAAACUCAUAUGAACUCUGCCAAAAUACUCCGCUUUCAGGAUCGCAGCAGACCGGAAGUUGAAAAUGUCUUGCGAUAUGAAAAGGAUCCGCAGGCGAAACAGGAAUACGCUAUGGAUCUAAAUAUCCAACAAAAGCAAGAGAUGCUCCAUAACCAAGAGGAGAAAUUACAUAAUCUCAAACAGGAACUAGAUCACUGUGCUACUUUUCCAUUCGGGAAACCAGGAGGUGGUGCUCCUAAUUUGUCAAAAUCUGGAAAUCACUUGCGAUUAAAAAGGAAAAUUUACAAUACUCUGGACACAAUUGAGCUUAUGAAUGUUCAGGCUAGAGAUUCUUUCCAAGAGAGAAGACAGUUUGAUGAAUUUGAUCCUUGGGGAAAAGGAACUGGGAACCCCCUUAGAAAUUCUGAUGGAUAUCUGAUGAACAUCAGAAAAUCCUUCAGGAGGAAAAAGAAUGGAUACAGCGACUCUUAUGAAAGAGGAGGUAAUCCCCGCACAGCCCCCGAAACAAACCGUAGCGCCACCAACCCUUUUGAAGAGUACGACAAUCUGGGCAGAAUUGGAAAACCCAAAAAGCCAAACAUGGAGCUGCAUCCCAUCUAUCAUCCUUUCGGAAGAUCCGGGGGAGGGGCACCAGUUAAGGAUUACAGCGGGAAAAUCAGCACAGUAUUACACGGCCACUCAGAUCGGCAUUAUCUGCAUAACAACCUGUCUGAUUACGAGAGAAGACAGAACGCAAUCAAAGCCAAAAUCUACUAUGCAGAAUUAGGCCAACAAAUGGAGAACCAGCAAUACAAAAAGAAAAUGGAAAUGGAGGAAAAGAGGAAGCCGCAUGGUGAAUUGGCAGUUAUUAUUGAUGAUAAGUUAACUGGUAAACCCAGAAGGGACCCCAUAACGGGGGCCUUACAAAAUCAUCACCUGGGCAAUUCUGACGUGUCCCUACAGAAAAUGGGAAGCCAGCCAAGAAAUAUCUCAGAACAGAGGCAGUACCAUAACUUCUUGGAUAAUAUGACUGAGGAGAGAUACCGCAGGAAUGCUCUUGGAAAGAUGAAAGAUUACCAGGAAGGCCAAAGGCAUUACGACACCAUGGAUGGCCUCUGGGGUAGACCAGGAGGUGGGGCACCAAAGGGGUACACCAUGAGGAAGAUGAAUCUGGAUGAGAUCAUCCACCAUCCCACAAAAGAUAAAGCCACCGAAGAAUAUGUCAGGAAGCACGAUUGGUCAGAGGUUGAACCAGAAAAGUUCUUUUCAAAAGAUGAUGAUGAAUAUAUAUCGAGCAGAUCUCCCCGACAGAACCUCAUGCUCUCGGCCAGAGAUAUUCAGGAGGGACGUUUAUCCCCGGGUGCCAGGCCUAAGAAAUUUAUAAAGAGUACCGUCACGAGUAGUCACGCCAAUAUGUUCGAUUAUCGAGAAGACUAUCCUCAGAAAGAUUACAAGGUUGGUGCACCUUACGCGACAGGAAUCGAGGGAUAACGGAAGUGACGUAUAGGAAGAACACUGCACAGGGAAAUUUCAAACUUUAAUAGGGAACUCUUA